CCCACCGUUUUGGGCGCCCUUCGAUCGAUCGUGGUAUACUGCCAGGAGUGGCAGGAUAGCGAACAAAGACUUUUGGCGCUCGCUAAACCUUUGUCUUUAUUCUCUCGGAUUUGAAAUCGUCGAUCAUUGAUGAUGGUUUCGAGACAAACUAACCACUCGUGUGUCAAUACUCGAUUUUUCCCUUUAAAAUGAAGCAUUAUUAUGGUCUACCUCCGAACGACUGGUUCUCUGUUCCCUGAUCUAUAACUACCGCGGCACCUUUUUACCUCACAUGGGGAGUCGUCAUGAUGUUUCCAGUCCUGAUGCCACUUGCAAAGCAGACAUCUGGGAGCCUGCGCCACCAUUAAGAAACCCGUGGUCGGCAUGCGACGAACUCGAGAGUCUAUCUUUCCGUUACGCCCCCGUCCCCGCCGAUUCGGAACCCUAUCUCGGGACACUCGCGAACGAUAUUAAGCGCGAAAUGGCUACUCUGAAUGAUAUGUUGCUAAAAUACAAAGCUGUUGCAGCCUCCCAGGAGGAUGAUGAUGACGAGGAGGAGGAGGAAGAAGACGACUAUGAUCCCUUCGAACUAGACUAUAGCUACCCGGACUCAGAGCCAGCUGCUACAACGGUUCUUCCAAUGGACGAAUUCUGGGAUCUCGUGGACGACAUCCGGGAUAAAAACCGCCACGCCCCAGGUGUCAUGUCCCCUCUGAACCCUCUCCGAGCCAAAGCUCCUCCGGAUUUUUGGUGGGAGAGUGGGGCGUUGUCACCUUUACCGGAGAAGAGGAAAUAUCACUGGAAUAUCGAGAGGGUGCAUGUGAAUGAGACGUUAGCUAUCCCCAGUCCGCUUUUCCGUCGGUAUACGUUCAUUAAGCAGUGUAGAAGUUGUUGGCAGAGUCGGUUCGAGCAGUCGAGUUUGCAGAGGUAUAUCCAGGGUAGGAAUCUUCGUGCGAAGUAUCUGAAAUGCGUUGGGCGUAGGGACGAGCCUGAGGGACGAGAGAGAGGAUAUGGGGUUUCUGUUGCUGAGAGCCCACUUAUGCACUUGGUACAAAUGGGCACGUAGCACAAAGCAUGAUAGUUUGUGUUUUUAUUCUUAUACAUUAUAAUUAUUUACCUCGCAGUUUUGCGUAGAGUACAGAUGCCUUGCCAGGUGGCAUAACAAAUAUAGUGAGGGAUCUGGUG